AUGGUUACAUUGCUUCGUAAGAUCAUCGGCGACCCCGGCGAAAAGGCCAUAGACAAGCUCGCCAACACUCUUGUGCCUGAAAUCAACAGCCUGGAAGUCCAGAUGCAGGCUCGCUCCGACGCAGAACUGGGGGGCUUGACCCAGCAGUUCCGCGACCGCCUGGACCGGGGUGAAUCCCUGGACGACCUGCUUCCCGAAGCCUUCGCCGCCGUGCGCGAAGUGGCCCAACGCAACCUGGGCCAGCGUCACUAUGACGUCCAGCUAAUCGGCGGGAUCGUCCUCCACCGCGGCCAGAUUGCCGAGAUGAGGACCGGUGAGGGCAAGACUCUUGUCGCCACCCUGCCCGUGUACCUCAAUGCUAUUUCCGGGCAGGGCGUCCACGUGGUGACAGUCAAUGAUUACCUGGCCCGCCGUGACCCGGUGUGGAUGGGUCCCAUUUACCACAACCUGGGCCUGACCGUAGGCUGCCUCCAGCACGACACUGCCUUCGUCAAUCGUGAGGAGGCGUACCGGGCCGACGUGCUUUAUGGCACCAACAACGAGUUCGGCUUCGACUACCUUCGCGACAACAUGGCCCUGGAAGCGGAAAACCGGGUGCAGCGGGAACUCCACUUUGCCAUCGUUGACGAGGUGGACAACAUCCUUAUUGACGAAGCCCGUACUCCCCUGAUUAUCAGCGGCCCCGCCGAGGAGCCGGUCCAGCACUACUACACCUUUGCCCGCCUGGUGCCCCGCCUGGACCCGGACGAAGACUACACCAUUGACGAGCGCACCCAGGCUAUCUCCCUCACUCAAGAGGGAAUCGAAAAGAUGGAACAGUGGACCAAGGUUGAUAACCUGUACGACCCGGAUAACUACCACCUGGUGCACUACAUCGAAAACGCCCUUAACGCCCAGGUGCAAAAGGUCAAGGAUAAGGACUAUGUCCUUCGCGACGGUGAAGUGGUUAUAGUCGACGAGUUCACCGGACGCCUCCAAUUUGGCCGCCGCUGGUCCGACGGCCUCCACCAGGCCGUUGAGGCCAAGGAGGGGAUGAAAAUCCAGCGGGAGAGCGUAACCUACGCCACCAUCACUCUCCAGAACUACUUCCGCAUGUAUGACAAGCUGGCUGGCAUGACCGGUACCGCCGCCACCGAGGCCGACGAGUUCUACAAGAUUUAUGGCCUGGAGGUUGCGAUCAUCCCCACCAAUGUGGAGAUGAUUCGAGCUGACGAGCCAGACCUGAUUUUCCAGGCCACCGAGUCCAAGUGGAAAUCGGUGGUGGAGGACAUCUUAACGACCCACGAGACAGGACGCCCCAUCCUGGUUGGCACCACUUCCAUCGAGGCCUCCGAAGCGCUGAGUGAACGACUCAAGCGGCGCGGCGUCCCCCACCAGGUGCUGAAUGCCAAGAACCACGCCCAGGAAGCAGGCAUCAUAGCCCAGGCUGGUGGCCUGGGCUCGGUAACGGUAUCCACCAACAUGGCCGGUCGCGGCACCGACAUUGUCCUGGGUGGCGCCAACACCGACGACCCCGGCCUCCACGUAAUUGGCACCGAACACCACGACGCCCGCCGUAUCGACAACCAGUUGCGGGGCCGUUCCGGUCGCCAGGGUGACCCGGGCAGUUCCCAGUUCUACGUGGCCCUGGAAGAUGAACUGAUGCAGCGCUUCGGCGGCGACCGCAUCAAGUCGGUCAUGGGCUGGACCGGCAUGGACGAGGAAACCCCCAUCGAGAACAAGCUCAUCACCAAGUCCAUUUCCGGGGCCCAGGUCAAGGUGGAAGGCUACCACUUCGAUGUUCGCAAGCACUUGCUGAAUUUUGACGACGUACUGAACCAGCAGCGCGCGAUCAUCUACACCGAUCGGGUGCGAAUUCUCAACGGUGACAACCUCAAAGAGAAGAUUGUCGAAAUGCUCCGGCAGGAGUUUUCCGACCUGAUUCUCAAGCACCUCCCCGACCGCCACGCCGAUAACUGGGACGCUACCGGUUUGUCUCGGAAUUGGCGCUCAUCUGCCCGCUGCCGCCGGAACUCCGGAACGAAGAUCGGGUAUGCGGCCACAAGAUUGAGGAUAUAA